GCUGUCAUUCACAAAACUCACGUCACGUGCAAGUGCCACGGAGUUUCUGGCUCGUGCUCACUGAUCACGUGCUGGCAGCAGCUAGCAUCGUUUCGAGAAAUCGGAGAUCAUCUCAAAGACAAGUACGAUGGCGCCACCGAAGUUAAGAUAAACCGGAGAGGGAGACUGCAGAUCAAAAACCCAAGAUUUACUCUACCAACUAGUGGAGACCUGGUGUACCUGGACCAAUCACCGGAUUACUGCGUGGAUGAUGAACUUACUGGUUCGUUCGGCACACAAAGCCGCUUGUGUAAUCGAACUUCGCCUUCUACCGAUGGUUGUAACUUGUUAUGCUGUGGACGAGGAUAUAACACGUACAAGACUUUAGUAAAAGAAAGGUGCAAGUGCAAAUUUCAUUGGUGUUGCUACGUGGAGUGCAAAACGUGUGCGAAACUCAUUGACCUACACACGUGUAAGUAACAAAGACGUGUCCAUACGACGUCAAGAAAAACAAACCACCCACUUAAUCGACUGCGUGAUUCACAACAAAGUGUGUAAUCCAGCAGAAUUCACGAAAACGGCCGGAGCAUUUUCUCAGUAUUUUUCCGAUACCUAAAUUUUUCUUGCCAUGUUAUAGCUGUAUCUCCAAUAUAUGUCUUUUUUUCUAUAAUUUUCCAACAUUUUUUUAAAUAUUUA